AUGGUUUGGCAGGAAGCAUUGCGCUUCCACCCAACCGUUAUCCAUUUUGGUCGGCAGGCAGAGGUUGACACUACCUUGGGAGGAAAGUACAAGCUGCCUGCUGGCAGCAUUGUCACCAUUUCCCACUGCAUGCUGACGCACAGUGAGGAGAUUUGGGGACCAGAUGUCAUGAGUUUUUCUCCUGAAAGGAUGGAAAAGGGCUAUCCGGAGAUGCACAUGCCUUUUGGCUUCGGCGGCAGGACUUGCAUUGGGAAAAGGCUUGCCUAUGUAGAGGGCGUCUAUUUGCUGGCCUUCCUGGUGAAGAACUUCAGACUGAGGGUUGGAGGAGACGCCCCGGUUCCUACACCCUACGUCACAAUCACCCACAGCGCAAAGGAAGGAAUCCAACUAAUGAUGUCCCGACGAUCGGAUUGA